GGGUCAUGUGACUGAGUCAUGUGACUGAUAUCCAGCUGCUAUGUUCUCUGUCUCCAGGAGAGGGCGUACCCUUUCGUCAACACCCCUCUGGAUAAAGUUUCCCGCCUACAGGAAGUUCUGGGGGGUCGUCUGGGGGUCACUGGGAGGAUCCUGGGGGAGCUGGUGGGGGAGAUGGUGCUGAGGUUGACCCAUGACCACAUCCUGCCGUUACACAUCACUUCCUACGCUCAGGCGGUGCUGCAGUUCAGUGCACAGCUGAACAAACACUCAGCUGAACUGCAGUGGCUGUUCAGCGCCAGAGGAGACUACAGUCGAGCUGCAGAGACGCUGCAGAGAGCCAUCGACUACAGCGACCUGCACGACCCGACCACGGCACGGUUCUACAACACGCGAAUUAUGAAGGUACGAGUACUACGAUACAAGUACUAUGAAGGUACUACAAUACCCACUGUAUGAAGGUACGAGUACUACGAUACAAGUACUAUAAAGGCACAAGUACUACAGCGACCUGCACGACCCGACCACGGCCCGGUUCUACAACACGCGUAUUAUGAAGGUACGAGUACUACGAUACAAGUACUAUGAAGGUACUACAAUACCCACUGUAUGAAGGUACGAGUACUACGAUACAAGUACUAUAAAGGUACUACAACACGGAUAUUAUGAAGGUACGAGUACUACGACACAAAUACUAUAAAGGUACUACAACUCCCACUAUAUGAAGGUAAGAGUACUACAGCGACCUGCACGACCC